UCAUUCUUCACUCAUUGACUUGACCCUCUGUUCCGUCCCGCUGCAAGAGAUCUCCUCAGACACGUCACGAGAUGAGUCUUGCAUACUUACACGCUCAAGACUGCAGCGAACCUCAUGGGGAUGCAAUCUGGGGAGUUGCAUGGACCGAGACCGACUCAGUCUUGAGCAUAUCUGCGGAUGGCACGAUCAAGCAAUGGGACUCGAACUCUGGCCAAGUCUCCCGCGCUCAGCCUGCGCAUACACACGGCCUUGUCUCUCUUGAUGUGGAUCCUUCUGGGAAGCGCGCCCUAUAUAACAGCUUGGAAGGGAUGACCUGCCUGUGGAAUCUGGAGAGCGGUGAGAUAGAUGGGAAGUUUGAGAGCUAUGUGAGGUCUGGUGCCGAACAAACUGAACCUUCUUGGUCCGUGUCGUUGCAUCCGAGUGGCGAAACUUAUGCAUCAACGGGCGGUUCAGGCAACGUAACAAUCCACUCCGCAGAAAGCAAGUCAUUCGGCGAGCGUCGUGCAACCUUGAAGAGCGGUCGCGCAAAAUUCGGCAUGUUUUGCAAACAUAGUCCAGAUGGGAAGCGAAUCGCAAUGUCCUCGGAGACAGGACAGAUUUACAUCUUCGAUCUCGCAUCCUCGUCCUUAGUCUCGACGUAUACAUCGCAUGCGAUGGCUGUGCGCUCGUUGGCCUGGUCUGCCGACUCGCAAUUACUCAUAUCUGCAUCCGAGGACAAACGACUGAUCCUGCAUGAUGUUCGAUUGUCACCAUCCGGCAAGCCUGGUUCGGGUGCUGUCGCCAACUUCUCUGGACACUCUUCAUGGGUUCUUUGUACGGACAUCUCGCCUGACGGACGUCUCGCACUGUCCGGCUCUGCAGACAAGACCAUCAAGGUAUGGGACCUAUCGGCGCGUGCAGCGGUGUCGACAAUUCAGGAUACUGGGGAAGUCUGGGGCGUGUCGUGGCGUCCUCGGCCAUCCGGCACCAACGCUGCUGGUGCGUUCGUGAGUGGAGGGGAAGACGGUACGGUAAGAUGGUGGAGGGCGGCAGGGACGAGCUGAAAAGUGUAUGGUGUAGCUGCUACUGUACUAUCUUGCUCAUCAUUUGUACCAAAACAUACAUGAAUCGAGUCAC